AUGAACGAAAUUCUCUACUCUGGAUUUACAGGAGAUCUCGAGAUGAAAGGAGCUAUUGAGAAAAAGAACUUGGGGAAGGAGUUGUAUACCAUCACUUGCUCUGUUGAGAGUGUGCCUUUGGAGUACAACCACCCCCAUGAUGUCGAAAAAUUUGUGAAAACGUGUGGUGUUCGCAAUGUUGGGACUUCUGCUGAUGCGCAAGAGAGUUUGGACUUAUUCUUCGAUGCCGCUGAAAAUCUCCAAGAGGAAGACAGUGACACGGAAGAGGAGAACCCACCAACUCCCAUUAUAACAGAACACUCGAGUAAAAAUUUGAGUCAAUUGAUUCAAAUCAAAUUGGCGUCUGAAGCACAAAAGGACUCGAAGGAGAAUAAAGAAGACAACAAAAGACAGAGUAAGACUCUCUCGCAGAGAUUAACACCAAAAUUCACUUCGGCGAAAAAGAUCAUUGAGAACGAAGACGGUUCAACUGACUCAGAAGACUGUCUUAAACCUUAUGAGCAAAAUGAAAGUGAAUUGGAAGAAGUCGAUAAAGAAGACAAUUGUGUUGUUAUCGUUCUUGAUCCAAAGAAGAGGAGAAGUCUUCGAUUCUACGAGGCGUUGGGUAAAAAUGUGAAUGGAAUAGUCGAUGGGAAAUACCACUUUGUGUUUAUUAGUGGGGAUGGUGAGAUGAAAUCGUUUGCGAGUAUUCUGUGUACUAAAAACGUGAAGGAACGAGGUACAAAAAUUGUGGUUUGUGGGUCGGAUUCAUUCCUUUCACUCUUCAUACGUCAGAUGACCGAAGCUGCAACAAAGAAGGCGAAAUUUGGUAACGAAGUCUUUGAAGUCUAUUUUGUGCCUGUUGGUAAGACAUGCGAACUAAUCAAUGUGAUGGACUCGUCAUACAAAAAGUUGUUCGGUGGCGACGAGUGGAGCACUUUGUUCAGUCCGAUUAACUCGUUACAGAUGGAGAUGUGCGAGAGGGUCUUUGAAAAGGUCGACAUCUACGUCCAAAACGCGAAUUCGAGUAAACAAAUGCAACUCGGUGAAUUACAAGCGUCUUCAAAUAGUGAGACCCUCAUCUUCCCUUUCUUAAAAGACGUUGGGAUGUACUCCAGUAAAUUUGAGUCGAAAGCGCCAAAUGUCACCAUUGAUUUGUGUAAGGUGAAAAAGGAUAAGCAACACGUGACCAAGAUAAAAAAGGCUCUCCAGUCGAUUGAUGUGAUCAAAAUCGACUGUGUUCAGAACGUAAAGGUUGUUGAACGAUACGGGGAAGGGAAAGACACCAUGCUUUUUGUUCUCAGAAAGAACACACGAAAGGAUUUGAGCUGCGAGCAAAUAGUGAAGUCGGUGAGCAAAGAAAAGGAUGACGAAGAGAAGAAGAAAGAUAAGAAGAAGACUGAAAAGAAGGAAGAAACUUCUCCCAUAAAGAAAGAAGAAAAGGACGAAGGUGGAAACAUAACUGGGACGAAUAAGGUGAUGGUGACAGCAGAAGAAGCUGCGUUGUGUGUUUACAUCGAUGGGAGGAAAAUUAAUACGGAUGUCAAGUACUUGUGUGUAAAGAACUCUUGGAGUGGGAAUAGUGUGUUUGCGUUCAAAUCGUUUUUGUGA